ACAAAAAGCUAUUAAACUUAGUGAGAAUUCAGAUAAGUUUGUUACUAUUACUGAAAAAGAUAGGGAUUUGGUGAGAAUUUAUUAUGAUAAAAUGAUAGCAGAUAAUGGGAGCAUUGGAGCUGAAGUCAAUUAUAUAGAGAAACUACUCAAUAUAAUGAAUAUCGAAGGUUUUGAUGUUUUAUACCCAAAUCCCAUGUCUCCAGAUAUAUUCACUUUAAGACAACAUAACAAUGAUAAUGCAUAUGUGGUUCGAAAUAAAAAGACGUAUCACUAUUAUUGUCAUCGUGCAGAUCAAGAGACACCUAACUGUACAAAAAAACCUUCAUUAAAACUCGUCAUUAGUGAAACAGCUGAAAAGCAAGAAAAAAGACUUCUAGCUCCAGAAAAAAUAGAGUGA